AUGGCUCCAUAUCACGGCUUGACCAGAGAGCGUCGGCCCGUCUUGCUAGUGCGCGGUGGUCUUCAAUCUUUCCAUCCACCAGUUGGAUGCGAAUGUCCUCGGGCAGACGCUCUAGAAAAAGUUGCUCAAAGAGUAGACACGGAGUGUGGUCGCCGAGGAGCGCUAGCAUCUCAUCCAUCAGCGCAGAGGGUUUUGAGUCGCCUAGUAGGCGGAGUUCAAACUGAGCUUCGGCUUGUACAAACCAAACCUCCGAUUGGGAAGUCCAGAAAGCGUUGCAGAAGCAGAAAAUCUGGAGAAGAGUUUGCGGUAAAGAUUAUAAGUAGGAGGUGUGACCCAACUCGAGAGGUACAUGUACUGAAGCUGUGUCAAGGGCACAAGAACGUUGUGAAAUUAAUUGAAAUUCUUGGAGAUGAACUACAUUUCUAUCUUGUAAUGGAACUGUGUCAAGGUGGAGAGCUGCUACAGCGUCUACGAGAGAAAAAGUCAUUUACCGAACAGGAAGCAAGUCGAAUAAUGAGGCAACUUGUUGAAGCAGCCAAAUUUAUUCAUGGAAAGGGCGUAGUUCAUCGUGAUUUGAAACCAGAGAACCUGCUUUUUGAGAGUAUGUCGGAUAGCGCUGAAGUAAAAAUAGUUGAUUUUGGAUUUGCUCGCCAAAUUAUUGGCAACCAAGAGUUGACUACCCCUUGCUUCACUCUGCAUUAUGCUGCUCCCGAAGUUCUCAAUCAAGUUUCCAAUGCUUCAGUGACAGAAAAAGAGGUACCUCACGGUUAUGAUGAAUCAUGUGAUCUGUGGAGUUUGGGAGUUAUUCUGUACACUAUGCUUUCUGGCCACGUUCCCUUUCAACAUUAUGGAGACAAUUUGGAAGGAGUUUCUGCUGUUAAGAUAAUUGAAAGAAUUAAAAAGGGUGACGUAGUGUUUCCGGACUCAAGAUGGCGGCAAGUGUCUGAGACUGCUAAAGAUCUAAUUAGAGGUUUACUCACUGUUGAUCCUAAAUUGCGACUUACAACAUCAGACGUUCUGGAACACCCUUGGCUCAAUCAGAGGCUAAAGUUGGUCGUGUCUCAACGUAAUCCUCUUAUGACGCCGGAAGUUUUAGGAUCUCGCCGUAAACGGUCGAUUGAACAUGCUGUAACAGUAACUCUUAAUGCAUUCCACAAAGCUGUAAAGGAGGGAUUCGUAUUAAGAGAUGUCGCCCAUGCACCACUCGCCAAACGACGGAAACGGAAGAAGGACAGCAGUACGUCGACUGAAGAGGGACUGGCUACAUUUCUUGCUGAAGGAAACAAACCACUUGAAACUGGAUUGCAUUUGCCUUUAUUUGACUCUAAACUUGCAAGCAAUGUUCAAUAAUGGAAAAUACUUUUUUCUACAGAUGAUAGUCCGUGUUUCCAAAUGCGUGCAGAACUUGCGCAACUGUGGUUAUAUCACUGCUUUGUUGGCUCAGUAUGUAUGUAAAAUUUAGUAAAACGCUUUUAGACUGCGAUUUGUAAAAAUAUGAACGAAUCAUAAAUA